GCUGUUCUCGAAGGGGCUGACACUCAGAACUCCAUCCAGAUUUCAAGCUUGUUGGGCAUCUAUAAAAUCCCACAGGUCAGCUAUGCUUUUGUCUCUCAUGUUCUGGAUGAUAAGAGGCACUUCCCUUUUUUCUACCCAAUGGUCCCCAAAGAAGAAGCCCUGUACCCAGGGAUUGUCAAGAUGCUCCAUCACUUCAGAUGGACGUUCAUCGGUCUAAUUGCCCCCGACACUGAAAAUGGAGAGAGAUUCAUGAAGACCCUGACUCCUGUGCUCAUCAGGAGUGGUAUUUGUGUUGCCAUCUCACAAACCAUCUCGGUACUGAACACACAUGGAUUCGAGAUCAAUUUCCGCAAAUUCUUAAAGUGGAGACAAGCCCGUGUGUUUGUUUAUUAUGCAGAGACACUUCAUGCCUUGCAUGGAAUUUUCAUUCUACAACAUUUAUUUGAGAACUUGAUAAAGCCCACUGCAGGGGAAGUCCUGGUCACAACAGCUAUGUGGGACAUCUCCUUCGAGUUAAUGUACAGCGGCUUAUCUUACGAACACAUCCAUGGCAUUUUUUCUUUCUACACUGAAACAAAUAAAAGGAAAGAAUGUAACGAUAUCCCAUCCCUUUUCUUUGCAAUCAAGCAGUUUUGGGAGGAUGCUUUCAGUUGUUCCUAUUUAAAGCACGCAUGGUCGGCGAAAGGCUGGAUAAGAUGCAGGGAGAAAGGAAAACAUGAGAUGCUGCCCCAAGAUGAUAUGGAAAGAAGCCUCUCUCUAGACAGCUACAGGAUUUACAGCACUGUCAAAGCUUUGGCACGUGCCUUAAAUGCUGCAUAUUCCUCCAGGUCUCUGUGGCGGGUGACAGACAGCCUGGAACGUCAAAGGCUACAGCCAUGGCAGACCCUACCUACCUCCCAGUGUGUGGAAAGUUGCAGCCCUGGAUUCGUCAAAGUCAUUCAGGAAGGAAAGCCACUCUGCUGCUAUGACUGCAUUCCUUGUGCAGAAGGGACCAUCUCCACUCAGGAAGAUGCAGAGCAUUGCACCAGGUGUCCUGAAGAUCAACAUCCAAACAAGCCCAGGGAUCAAUGUGUCUUUAAGAUUAUAACCUUCCUGGCUUAUGAAGAACCUUUGGGGAUCCUCCUAGCUUCCUUUUCCCUCUUGUUAUCCUUAACCACAGGCAUUGUGUUAGGAACAUUCAUUAAGUACAAGGAAACCCCCAUAGUCAAAGCCAACAACAGGGACCUCUCCUACAUCCUCCUCAUCUCCCUCUUGCUUUCCUUUUUGUCCUCCUUCAUGUUCCUUGGCCAGCCACGGAAAGCAGCCUGCCUUCUUCAACAAAUGGCCUUCAACACCAUCUUCUCAGCUGCUGUCUCUUCUGUAUUGGCAAAAACAGUCACUGUGGUGCUGGCCUUCCUGGCCACAAAGCCAGGGAACACGAUGAGGAGAUGGCUGGGGAAGAGUCUGGCCAACUCCAUUGUCAUUUCCUGUUCCAUUGUCCAAGUUGUCAUCUGCACCAUCUGGCUGGGAAUCUCUCCACCAUUUCCAGAAUCCGACAUAAGCUCCCAGGCUGGAGAGAUCACCUUGCAAUGCAAUGUAGGGUCUAUUGCCAUGUUUUAUACUGCCCUUGGCUACAUGGGCUUCCUGGCCUCCAUAUGUUUCACAGUGGCUUUCCUAGCCAGGAACCUGCCUGGAGCUUUCAAUGAAGCCAAGCUGAUCACCUUCAGCAUGCUGGUCUUCUGCAGUGUUUGGUUGUCCUUUGUGCCCACCUACCUGAGCACCAAGGGGAAAUACAUGGUGGCCGUGCAGAUCUUCUCUAUCUUGGCUUCCAGUGCUGGGCUUCUGGGCUGCAUCUUCUUUCCCAAGUGCUACAUAAUUGUACUCAGGCCUGAUCUGAACACAAAGGAGCAUCUGACAACAAAAGCUGAUUCUUAA